GGAGAAAAAAAAAAAAAAAAGACCACCCUCGCCCUAUUCAGCCUCCUUCCCCCUCCCCCCACCUUCUGCUCGGUUCUGGGUUCAGGGUGAGCCGUUGAGCUGAGGCCUGCGCGACGCCCGAGACUUGAGGAUCGAAGAGGCGAAGAAGCAAGCCGAGCGCGGGAGAGCAGAGUCGGCCAGCCCCCGGGAGCCUCAGCCGAGCGGCCUGCAUUGUUUUUCGUGAAAGUGGAAGCGCGGAGGGACGGGGACGGGCUACUCCCCCCUCCUCCUCCCCCCCCGCGACUCCGGAGCGACGACUAUCUUAUUGGAAGCAAGCAAGCACAAUUAGGACUAUUGUAACUAUUGAGGUUCCCUCUGGAAAAUCAACAAAGGAUCCUCUGAAGAACAGGUCCUGGAAAAAUUCUAAGUUCCUGUUAAUAAGGGGUUCCAUUUUAUUUGUGCAGAAUUCUUAUAAUGCAGAGAAUAGCAAAAAUGGCUCAAGCAGCAAUAGCAGCAGCAGCAUCCAGCCACGAUGAGGACUCAUCUGAAAGCAGAAUGGUGGUUACCUUUCUCAUGUCAGCCCUUGAGUCAAUGUGCAAAGAACUUGCCAAGUCUAAGGCAGAGGUUGCCUGCAUUGCUGUGUAUGAAACAGAUGUGUUUGUGGUGGGCACUGAGAGAGGAAGAGCCUUCGUCAAUACGAGAAAAGAUUUUCAGAAGGAUUUUGUGAAGUACUGUAUUAACGAAGAGGCAAAAGCUGUAGAAUUGCAGAAGACAAAAUCAUCAUCUCUUGAUAACAGGUUGACUGUGGAUAUUGUGGAAAUGGAAGCUCUCAAGAAGUCUGUGGAGGAUUAUUUCUGUAUUUGCUAUGGUAAAGCUUUAGGAAAAUCAACAGUAGUUCCUGUGCCAUAUGAUAAGAUUCAGAGGGAUCCAUCUGCUUUGAUAGUACAUGGUCUUCCAGAAGGACUUGCUUUUAAGCAUCCUUCCAGCUAUGAUGCCACAACACUGAAGUGGAUUUUGGAAAACAAAUCUGGGAUUUCAUUUGUCAUCAAAAGGCCUUUCCUUGAGCCAAAGAAACAUUUAGGCCAUCUUUCAGAUUCAUCACACAUGAUGACAUCUCCAGGUGUAAGUUGCCCUUCCAUUCAGGUGAAGACUGAGCCCAAUGAAGAUUCUGGACUUGAGAUGGUAACAGUUAAAGAAGAAUCAGAAGACCCUGAAUAUUAUCAGUUUAAUAUUCCAGAUUCUUCUCAGCAUGCCACUUCUGAAACAAGUGAGGAUCCUGAAGUGGAAGUGACCAUUGAAGAUGAUGAUGACUAUUUACCACCACAUAAGAAGACAAAGAGCAUAGAACCAGUUAAUGAUACUUCCACUGUGGGGAGAAGAAAAGCUAGAGAGUUCAAUUUUGAGAAAUGGAAUGCCCGAAUUACAGACUUGAGAAAGCAAGUUGAAGAAUUAUUUGAAAGAAAAUAUGCUGAAGCUAUUAAUGCAAAAGGGCCUGUAUCUAUCCCGUAUCCACUCUUCCAAUCUCAUGUUGAAGAUCUGUAUGUGGAAGGAUUACCAGAAGGAAUUCCUUUUCGUAGACCCUCCACUUAUGGGAUCCCACGUCUUGAACGGAUUUUACUGGCAAGGGAACGGAUCCGAUUUGUGAUUAAGAAGCAUGAGCUGCUAAAUUCAACACGAGAAGAUUUACCAUUAGACAAACCAGUUACAGGAGUGAAAGAAGAAUGGUAUGCCAGAAUUACAAAACUAAGGAAAAUGGUAGAUCAGUUAUUCUGCAGAAAAUUUGCUGAGGCCUUGGGAAGCACUGAACCAAAGGCCGUACCUUACCAGAAAUUUGAAGCGCAUCCCACUGAUCUGUAUGUGGAAGGUUUACCAGAGAAUAUUCCAUUUCGGAGUCCCUCUUGGUAUGGAAUCCCUCGGCUGGAGAAAAUUCUUCAAGUGGGGAAUAGGAUAAAGUUUGUAAUAAAAAAGCCAGAACUACUCACAAUCAGUUCCACAGAAGUUACUCAGCCAAGAACAAACAUGCCAGUCAAAGAAGAUUGGAAUGUCAGAAUCACAAAAUUGAGGAAACAAGUAGAAGAAAUAUUUAAUAUGAAAUUUGCACAAGCUCUGGGUCUCAGUGAAGCAGUGAAAGUUCCUUAUCCUGUCUUUGAGUCAAAUCCUGACCAUCUAUAUGUAGAAGGUUUGCCUGAAGGGAUCCCCUUUCGAAGCCCAACCUGGUUUGGAAUCCCACGCCUGGAAAGAAUUGUGCGGGGCAGUGGAAAAAUUAAAUUCAUUGUAAAGAAGCCAGAGCUUGUUACCUCAUACUUGCCUCCAGAAUUGGCUUGUAAAGUGAACACUUCAGUAAAUGUCUCUGUAGGAUCUCAGAGUCCCAGCAGCUCAAACUCUACACGAAGUCCUGUAAGCAACUCUAAAGUUCCAGAGAUUGAAGUUACUGUAGAUGAAGGUCCUGCUAAUAGGGUAUCAACCUCAGAUGUUAGAACUAAUCCUCAAACUAAUGGAUCCAAUACAGGCUUUAAGCCAAGAGGAAGAGAGUUUUCUUUUGAGGCCUGGAAUGCCAAGAUUACUGAUUUGAAACAGAAAGUUGAAAAUCUUUUUAAUGAAAAAUGUGGGGAAGCUCUUGGACUGACAGAACCUGUUAAAGUUCCUUUUGCGCUUUUUGAAUCUUAUCCUGAAGAUUUUUACGUUGAAGGCCUUCCUGAGGGAGUGCCAUUCCGUCGCCCAUCCACUUUUGGCAUUCCAAGAUUGGAAAAAAUCCUCCGAAACAAAGCUAAGAUAAAAUUUAUCAUUAAAAAGCCAGAAAUGUUUGAGGCAGCAAUUAAAGAAAAUGCUACUGCUAUUCCAUGUCCUCAAAGAAGAACCAGCUUAUGUAAUACUGUGAUAAAUGCUGUAAGUGUGCCUGAUCCAGUGGUGAACACAGCUGCUGGAGUAGAAGACCUUAACAUCAUUCAGGUGACAAUACCAGAUGAUGAUGAGAGAACUUCCAAAGUAGAGAAGGCCCGGCAGCUGAGAGAGCAAGUGAAUGAUCUCUUCAGUCGAAAAUUUGGGGAAGCCAUUGGUAUGGGAUACCCUGUGAAAGUCCCAUACCGAAAAAUCACUGUCAACCCUGGCUGUGUGGUGGUGGAUGGAAUGCCCCCUGGUGUAUCUUUUAAAGCUCCCAGCUAUCUUGAAAUCAGUUCCAUGAGGAAGAUUCUGGAUUCCGCGGAGUUUAUUAAAUUUACUGUUAUUAGACCAUUCCCUGGACUUGUAAUGAACAACCAAAUUACUGAAAAGGCAGAAGCAGAAGUCCCAGCAGUCACUGUGCCAGCUCCUGAACAGGUGAUACAAGAGCCAGUUGAAGCAGACCAAAUAGUACAAGUAUCUGUGGAGGAAGAUUCAGUACAGACUGAAGAACACACUCAAAUAAAGCAGGAGCCAGAUCCAACGUGGUAGACCUGACUUGCAUUAGGGUAAAGGACAGUCAUACACAAAGCAGAGUGGUGGGUGGUAUUCAGAUACUUUUCUAGGUAGGAGAUGGACUCCCCACUGUUGCUGUGAAUGUAGAAUCUAUGAUCUGACUUCCAUUUAUAUUGGUCCUGUAACUAUGUAGAUCACUUAACUUGGCGGAGUCCCUCUUAUCGUCUUUAAGUUGUGCUCCUUUUGUCCUUGGGCCACUUGCUAGUCCUCCUGAAACUUUAGAGCAAUCUUCCACACCCCAAUGCCCUCUGUAUGUUUUGGAUGACAUCGUCUCUGCCCAUUGGCUUUGCUGGCUGGGGCUGAUGGGUGUUGCAGUCCCUGUCUGGAGGGCUUAAGAUACCUAACAGGAACCAAGUUAAAGUGAAUGAAAUAUGUACAGUAUGCAAAAAUAGCCAUUAUUUUCAUAGGGCUUCUAGUAGCAGUUUAUUUAACUUCAGUCUCUGCCAUUUUGUUUUUUCCUCCUCAAUCUCCAAUCAAAAGCAAAAACAUCAAGGCUUGAGAAGAGUUUGUGGGGAUGACUCUGGCCUGUGUAAUAUAAUUGUAUGAGAGAAGUACCUUCUUUCUGUCCUGUCCUGAAGUCUAUGGAGACUCUCAAUCAUCCAGGUCAUGGCUGCCCCAGAGGUGCUUUUCAAAAGGCAACUGGGUUUUCUUUGAAAACGUUUUGCUUCUCAUCUGAAGAAGCUUCUUGGGUGAGAAAUGAAACGUUUUCAAUGAAAAGACAAAGUCCAGUUGCCUUUUGAAAAGCACUUCUGGGAUGUCCUAUCCUAACCUACCCCAUUCCUCCCUUUCUUUCUUCCUAGACAGAAAUCUCUACUUGGGUCAAAGGUCCUGGGACUUGUUACAAAACAUUUUAAAUCCCAGGCCUAAUUGAGAAGAGAGGCCGAGCACAUAGCUCAUGAUGGUUACUUUUUUGCUUUUGCUCAUAAAAAUCAGCAGGGAUUAGCAAAUAAAUAAAUCUGCCUCCUAGGUGAAUAAGCCCCUAGAUGCAUUUUGCCUUUUUUUUUUUUCCCUUGAAGAAGGAUGUCCACCAUAGUUCAGAUUAAUUUAAACUAGGUGGGGGGAGUUGAAAUUUGUCUGAUUUUAAUAUCUCUUUCUCCUUUAAUGGCUAAUUGGAUAAUAGUAUCUGUAUAUUUGAAAUAAUUUUUUCCUAUAUCUCUCAACUCAUAUGUUUUUAAUAAAUAAA